AAUUACCUGCCUUUCUACUGGAGCAACCUGCGAUUUGAGCGCGACGCAGCCCGGCGGUGGGGAGAGUACGUGAUAAAAACCGUGUUUGACCCCAAAAAUCCAGAGGCCGCCUAUGCCGCGGCGGACGAGGAUGGCUUCUACGCGACGCACGGAAAGGAGGUCCGCAUCUUCCAAGCCGACACCGCAAGCACGGCGGGGCGGCGGCUGCGCAUCCGCGGGAGCAGCGCCUCUCAGGAGGAGCACAAACAGUUCGCGGACGAAGUCGAGCGCUGGAUCGAGUUUUACGGUCGGCAGGCCCUGCUGGAGGUGGCCUUCUACGGGAUUCGCAACGACGAUGAAAUCGAGCCCGACUGGAUCUGGGGCAAGUACGAAACACCGACGGCCAUUCACUCGACACAAGGUACUUGUUUUUAUAGAUCUUCAUCUCAAGGCUUGUAAUAUUAUUCUGCCAGAUCAAAAUCAAAUUUUUUCAUUUCUGUCGCCGCAACAGUGAAUUCCAAGAGAAUCUCGGCCUCCAGUGCUGGAGGGGACGAGGUCAUCUAGUAUCAUGUUGAGAGAACCAGUAGAUUCUGUUGCUGUAACACGACUUCGGUCAAGCACGACGAGGAACCACGAUGAACAUCUGUUCUUGAUGAACAUCUACUUCUCUUCAAUCUAAAUAACGAUGUACAAACAGAAAUCCGUCAAGGGCGAAACCAAACGGCGGAGCCGGAAACUUUGGCCGACCUGGGAGUUUUGUUGUACGCCUUGGUUCUGGGCCGCGGCGAGGACUUGCCGCUGGACCACGUUCCUCGAAAGUACCAGGAACUCUUCCGGCAUCCGUUUCCGCAGGAGCGCUUUUUCACCACGUCGAACAAGCACGUGGGGCUCGCGGAGCGCAUCAAGCUGCAGUUCCCGCAGUUGUUCAACUACGGUAGAGAUAUCGAGUCCCAAGUCAUAAAGUCGCCACGUUACGGGUUUGUGGAAGACAUGUUUAAGUAUAAUAAUGCGGCCUCGUCGCGGCAGCGAAGCAGCAGUUCCUGUUCCUCGUGCGCCGAAGGGCGGGACGGAAGCGGGUUCUCCUCGUGCGCCGAAGGAGCUUCCAGUUGCGAGGAGGACGGAAUGGUGAAGACGACCGAGGAAACUAUUAGUAAAGCUGACAAGGGUCAAGAACAUGAUCUUGCGACCCAGGAAGGAGCGACCAAAAUAGUAAACUCCACCAACAAGCGCAGUGCGGCGGCUGUGGCGUCGUCCAACGAGGAUGCAGUUCCGAAGUUUUCGGCUUUUAGUACUACGGAGACCACAAGCCGGAGCAGCGAGCAAGUGCGGUUCAUUCAGGGCGUGCCACUCAGUGAGAAGCUGUGCAGCGUGGUGGAUUUUGACGCCCCGGAUGAAAAUAAAGAUAAAGAAAACGGCCCGAACGUCGAGCUGCUGCCGCAGUUCUACACGAAGUUCUCGAUGCGCAACCUGCGCGGGUUGGCGCAGGAAGUUGCCCCGACCGGGGUGAGCGAAAAAGACAGUCUUUUAAGUUUGCAGCGAGGGCGAGAAGGGACGGGAUUUUUCUCCAACGGCCUCAGCCCCCACGAUCAGAAGCUCGAGGAGAGGCACCACAUGUUAAUGGGAGUUGCGGCGGCCCUGCACAAGGUUGUCAUGCUGCAGGGUCGCAUUCGACCAUCUGGUUCAUCUUCUUGCGAGGAACAGAAAACGGGCGCGACGGCUGGAACGCUUCCGCAGAGGUGGAUUCGCGAUAAGCUCGCAGGGCAAAAGCAAGCGCUGCAUGCCACGAAACAGGAGGAGGAUACCCAGGUCGCGGCAAUCAUCCAAAAGGAGGAGGUGGUUGUUCCUCCACCGCUGAAGCGUGCCAAAAUCAUCGUCGAAAACGCCGAUGUCGGAGAAGCCACGAAAGGUAAUAUUAAAGCCGGCCGUGCGCGCGCGGGUACGGAUUAUUCUGUGUUCAACAAGGUAGUAGCCCCAGCAGCAAAGAAGGAUGAAGCACAAGCACCGAAGAGCAAGCGGCAGCGCGAUCUCGACCUUCAGGAGAGUUUGCAGGUGAGGUUUGCGCCGCUGAACACGCUUGCCAAGGAGGACACCUGGGAGCCGCGGGGGAUUCCCGUGGGCGACGUGAGGGCGGCGUUUCAGCACGUGUACAAGAUUUCGCCGGAUUUCGACCAGAAUACGCAGGCUUUUCGCGAGAUGCAGCAGCACCACCCCGAGCAGCAGACCACGGGGGCCAUCCACCCCCACGUGCGGUCCCUGGUCGAGUUGUGCCUCGUGUUCCCGCGGCUGUUCCGGUUCCGGUUGUCGGACACUGACUUCUCGCAAACUUGUGUGCAGGCCCGCCGCCUCCGGCGGGACCCGGGCGGUCUGGUUGUCAAGCGGCUUGCCGCGCUAGACUUGGAGGAGUUUAUCAACCACUUCGAGAGCAAGAACCGCCUGGUCCGGGACGGGGCCUCGCACGACACGCUGAUGCAGCUGUGGAAGUACAAGGUACCAGCGGAGGCGCGCCCCUUUGCGUGGCACGCGGCGGAGAAGUGUGUGGGGUUGAUUUUGAACCUGUGGCGGGAGUCGGCUAUGGGCGAUCCCUUCGCCGGGGCGAUACCCAUGCCCGAGAUCAAAAGCGUGGACCACCUGGUUAUGCAAGAAAAAAACUGUGUAAAGUGUAAAUUUGUGUUGCAGAACAUGCAACAGAGUUACGCCUGUCAUGCCAGACAGAAAUGAAGUCCUCUACCUCUUUUCAUGUGUGUUUUCCCUUACAAGCCACGCAUGACAGGUUUUCUCUGCCAUGUAGGGCAAAUUUGUGAUGCUGUUUCUCAAAGAAAGUUACACUUACACACUUUUUUUCCUGGAUGCUGGUCGCGCUUCUGUCCGGCACGAACGAUGACUACUGGGAGGCGGAAAACGACCACAUUACGAAGCUCAUCGGCACGCCCCACCCCCCCGCUGCGGCGACCACACUUGCCCUUGCCGCUGCUGCGGAAGGAGGCUCGUUGUACAAUAGUGGCGGCGGAGGUCACCACCUCCACUCGGCGCACGACGGAAGUCGGGCUGGGCAGGGCUCGACGAUGCCGUCUGGAGGUUCUUUUGGUGGGAAGAUGUACAACAUGCCGAUGCACGGCCCGGGCCACGUGCUGCCGGUGCCUCCGCCUAGUGCCGGUCAUCAAGCUCCGCCGUUUGGCGGAAACAAGGGUGGACCAGCACAUCAUCAUCACCCGCAGUUGCACAUGCACAUGCCCCCGCACCACGCGCCCUGCUCCAAGGGGCAACUGCAGUUCCUUCAGCAACAGCAGCAGCAACGAUCCUUCGAUCAGCAGCUCGGACCGGGGGGAAAGAACGACGGAGGAGAAGACCGGGAUCAGGUUCAGCAAAAGCAGGGCAGUACCUCCGUGGAGGCGCAGAACUACGCGCGUCGGUCCGUGAACAAAGGAGGCCAUAUGAACCUGGGUGGAGCAAACUAUUUCAAUACUCGUCCUCCU